GCCUGCCGCCAAGCUCAUCUCAGGUGUAUUUGCACGAAACAGCUAUAUUUUCAAGAUAGAAUUUUGCGUCACCUUACAGUUUCUUUUGCUUUUAUAUUCACGGCGUAGGAGAUUAGAUAUUGCUUUACACCUUUAUGUGAUCCAAUAUCGUUUUAUCAAGGCAUCUUUCGCUGAAUUCGUCAGAAGAAAUGUUGUGGUAUCGCAGUCGCCAUUUUGGUCUAUCGUCGAAGUUUGACCAGAUCGUUGGUUCUGUGAUCCACUAAUUUAUAAGAUAUACAGCGAAAAGUACAUAAAAACGUUGCUACUGUUAAGACUGGGAGGAUUUAAAAAUGACCCAGCAAAGUAACACAGUGAAUUUCUUGAUUCAAGACGCCAAUGGACAAGUCAUCAAGGUUGUUCAAACAACACCAACAAAGCCACAGCUGGUUACCUCAGCUAUCACUAACCAAGGAGCAGUAAAAGCUAUAUUUAAAGCUCCAACUCAGGAUGGAAGCCAGGGUGCCACAGUUCUUACUUCUGGCGCUCAGGUUCUUCGUACUCUCAGCCUUCAGAGCCCGAAAACAACAGCACAAAGAGCUCCACAUGUUAUGACAAUACCAAUUCAGUCAGCUAAUCCCAUGAAAGUUUCAACACUGAAGGGGUCAGAGCCAACAUUGUUACCAAAGACGAUACACUUAGCAUCAAAUCCAAUGGUGUUAAGUGCAACACAGAGGCUAGCAGCUCAGCAUGUUCUGCCAUCAAAUCCGCCAAAGAAUUACAUUUCACCUAUCUUGGAUCACAGUGGGUCACGUAAACGUCAAGAAAUGGAGAAUGACUUUAUACCUGAGUAUAAACGAAGGAAGACUGAAAAAGUUGGAAAAGGCCUCCGCCAUUUUUCAAUGAAGGUGUGUGAGAAAGUCCGUAAGAAGGGCACAACAUCUUACAAUGAAGUUGCUGAUGAGUUAGUUGCAGAAUUUACAAAUCCUUCACUUAUGACAUCACCAACAGAUCAGGUAAAUUUCAGAGAUUCUGUCAUUAUUCUGAAUGGACAAGAUAGUUUUAAUGAAAGUGUAUCACAAGGUGCCACAGUUCUUACUUCUGGCGCUCAGGUUCUUCGUACUCUCAGCCUUCAGAGCCCGAAAACAACAGCACAAAGAGCUCCACAUGUUAUGACAAUACCAAUUCAGUCAGCUAAUCCCAUGAAAGUUUCAACACUGAAGGGGUCAGAGCCAACAUUGUUACCAAAGACGAUACACUUAGCAUCAAAUCCAAUGGUGUUAAGUGCAACACAGAGGCUAGCAGCUCAGCAUGUUCUGCCAUCAAAUCCGCCAAAGAAUUACAUUUCACCUAUCUUGGAUCACAGUGGGUCACGUAAACGUCAAGAAAUGGAGAAUGACUUUAUACCUGAGUAUAAACGAAGGAAGACUGAAAAAGUUGGAAAAGGCCUCCGCCAUUUUUCAAUGAAGGUGUGUGAGAAAGUCCGUAAGAAGGGCACAACAUCUUACAAUGAAGUUGCUGAUGAGUUAGUUGCAGAAUUUACAAAUCCUUCACUUAUGACAUCACCAACAGAUCAGCAAUAUGACCAGAAGAAUAUCCGGAGGCGUGUGUACGAUGCACUCAAUGUUCUCAUGGCAAUGAAUAUCAUCUCUAAAGAGAAGAAAGAGAUUCGGUGGUUGGGCCUGCCUACCAACUCACUGCAGGAAUGUAUUAACCUAGAAAAAGAUAAGCAGCGAAGAAUUGAACGUAUCAAACUAAAAACACAGCAACUACACGACCUUAUAUUGCAGCAAAUAUCAUUCAAAAACCUCGUUGAAAGAAAUAGAUCUGUGGAAAGUAAGUGUGGUCCACCAGCUGCAAACUCUGCCAUCCAACUGCCAUUUAUCAUUGUUAAUACCAGUAGAAAAACUGUCAUCGAUUGUAGCAUUUCCAAUGACAAAAUGGAGUACCUAUUCAACUUUGAUGACAAAUUUGAAAUUCAUGAUGAUAUUGAGGUUCUGAAGAAGAUGGGUAUGGUGUUGGGCUUAGAUAAGGGAGAAUGUUCUGAAGCUGAUCUUCAUAAAGCUAAAGGAAUGGUGCCAAAAUCUUUGGCAAGUUAUGUUGUCCAAUUGGCAAGUGGUCAAGUUGAUCCUUUGCUGCCUGAACUGGGGGCAGGGCCAAGUUCAUCAGCUUCCCUAACUGUGGAGGAACUGGAAGCAAACUUAGGUGUGGGUGAACUGUCGCGUCAGUCAUCUCAUACCUCACUUUCUGAUCCAAUGUCACCCUCCAUACAUGACUUUUCUGAUGAAGAGUCUGAUAUUUCCAGUGACCUGGAAGUUAACUAGCCAUUCAUUGAAAUAAUGAAGAGAAGUGAAGAGAACCAACAGAAGAAAAUUAAAGAGCUUAAUUGAUCACCAAAUUGCAGGUUGAUGUUAUUCUUCUUGAAGAACAGGAGGCUGUAAGGAAAGGAUGUUUCAUGUUAUAUUUGCCACGCUGCUUUAGCAUUGAAUAAUGAACUGUGCUUCCUCAGCGGGUAAGUUCAGAGUAACUUGAAAAAGAAGUUGGGAGGUGCUUGAUCUGUUCAGCAGUCCUGUUUUCACAAUUACAAAUCAAAGAGUACAACUCAUCUCUCACCAUUCAAUUGAUGCAGACAUGAAAAGGACUUCUAUUAUGGAAAUGUCUUCAGAAUGGUGUUUGGUGCCCAUAUGUGUUAGGAUGUUUGAAUCAUUGCUCAGCUUGUGGAUAUCCUCAGCAAUGUUGUGGUUCAGUAAUGUCAGUAAACCUGUGGGGUGGAAUACUGUGGCUGUUCCCUCGAACCAAAUUUCAACAAGUUGAGGCCGUCCAAAUUCAAUUGCCAAUUGAGCUAAGGCAUAUGUACAGAACCUUUUCUUCUCCGAAUUAUUGAAGCCAUAGUGUCAUGAUGAAGCAAGUGAGCUCAUGCCACUGAGAUUGGGACCAUUGUCUAUUGUGUAAGAAACUUUGUGGCAGAAAAUUACACACAUGGUUGGAGAACAUUAUUAGUACUGCCAUCAUAAAGUUUCUGAGAUCUGGUUGAACAUUUGUUGGAAAGUUUCUCUUACUGUAAUAUUUGUGACAGCCUUAUUUAAAGGGCAAGAAUACAUUUCAGUCCAGAAUAACAGCACAGAAUAACUUAAGAGAUAUUUUUUUUUAAUUAAUGUUUUUAAAAGGAGUAAUGUAGAAAAUAGAAUUUUCCUAUAACCUAUCACAUGUAAAACUACUCUUCUGCACCUAGCAGUUUUACAUUGCAUAGAUGUUUGUGUUAAAGACAGUAUGGAGAAGUCUCACCCAGAUGUGACAUCAUGGCACAGAAUUGAAUUUCUGUGGUUGUAAUGGGGUUCAGUUUCACAAGCUGUGGUGCAUCUUUGUGGAUAUUGCCUUCAGAAUGAAAACACAAAGUAUCCGCCAUUUCAUGCACUCUACAUGAAGUCUGGUCAGAAAUCAGUUCAAUACAGAUUAUUGACUUUUCAUUUCAUAAAUAGCAUUGCACUUUUCAAUGAAAAUGAGUAAUUGCAAUUCAUGUCCAAAGAAAUGUUCGUCUCUGGUUUUAUUAGUUCAUCCAGUUCAAAGUAGAAUAUUUCACAUGUAGUAACAGGCAUUAAAGAAAACUACUAUGGUGUACAAAUAACCCUGAUUUAUACUUGAUUAUCUAUUACACUUCGUAAUGCACAUAAUUCAUCAUGUACAAAUGUAGGCUGAGAAGCUACAGACCAUAAACAUUAAUAUAAAUAACUUUGAAAAUUGUGCGCUUAAAACCUUAUGGAAUCAGUGUGUAGGAGUUUGUUGGACCAAACACUGCAUGGUGUAAUUACAAAUCCAAGUAGUUUGAAACAUGUGAGAUCUGUGAUUUCAUUUGACAAAGAAGGGGUCACAGAAAAUGGAUAAUUUAGCAUAGAUAUGUACAUAUUCCCUUUGUGUGUGUGUGUGUGUGUGCGUGCAUGUGUGUGUGAGGAGCGCCUCUUGUUAGUUUUCAUUCCGAGGCAGUCAAGUUGCAACUCAGGACAUCAUGUGCCCAAUGAUUUGGAUAAAAGUCUUUUAGAUUGCACAUCUGUGUAGUAAGGGAUCUCAUUGCCUCUACAUAAUUUUUGGGAUGAACUGAGUGUAACAGAUUUAUUUAGUAGAUGGAAAUGCCUUGUUUGUAUUUUUUAAAGUUUCCCAAAGUACUGCAUCUUCAGGAAUGAACACAAUACAACCUUUGUAUUAUGUGAUACAAAAUGGAAAAUGUACAGUAAAUGUUUUACAAAAACAUUUCCUUUAAUUAUAUAAAUGAUUACUUUCCUGUUGUAUUUUGGAUGGAGGCAUCAUGUCUGGUUUAUGUUAACAAGUCCUCCUGGUUGCAGUUAUUGUUUUUAGUAUGAAGUAGAUUGUAUAAUCAUUGUUAAAUAUGAUUUGCAAGUAUUGAAAAUUGUAAACCACAUGUAUAUUUUUACUGGCAAUGCAGUGUUAACGGUUAAAUAUUGGUGCUAAUUGGUUGCCCACAAUGAGUAAUGAACAGUGGACAUAAGUGAAGUGGUCUCUCUGAAAACUACCGAUGCAGUCAUACUGGGACUGAGAUGAAGUAACAAACAUGGCAUUUAGAGAAUGUUCUGAAUAAUUCUAAAAGAUGUAAAAAUUCUUCAUCCUGGAAAUAUCAAUGCAACAUUUCAGAUCACAAUUUACGUUCAUUGGAUUAUUCUGGGCAGUCAAGAGGUCCUUACUUUUCUGAAGAUAAAGUUAAUCUCAUAUUGUUUGUAUUUUUUAAUUGCAACAUUAAUAAUAAUAAUAAUUGAAGAUGUCUGCACAGCAAA